GAAGAUGCACAGGAGUUUCUCAGCUCUGUCAUGGAUAGAAUGCAUGAUGAACUACUCAAGCUUGAAGGACAACGCUGGACUGCUGUUGGGAGUAAAUCAUCUGUAGUAUCGUCUUCAGAAGAAGAUGAAUGGGAGACAGUUGGCCCAAAGAACAAAUCUGCAGUGACAAGAACACAAAGUUUUGUUCCUUCGAAACUAAGUGAAAUAUUUGGAGGACAAUUGAGAAGUGUGGUGAAGGCAAAAGGAAACAGAGCUUCUGCUACUGUUCAACCAUUUCUAUUGCUCCAUCUUGAUAUUCACCCUGAAGCUGUACAUACUAUUGAGGAUGCACUUAAGCUGUUUUCUGCACCAGAAACUCUCGAGGGCUAUCGAACAUCAACGACUGCGAAGGGAGGUGUCGUGACUGCAAGUAAAUCAACUAAAAUCCAAUCACUUUCGAAGAUAAUGAUACUGCACUUGAUGCGCUUUGGUUAUGGAAGCCAAGGAAGCACUAAGUUGCUCAAGCCUGUGCAUUUCCCGCUUGAGUUGGUCUUAAGCCGUGAAUUGCUCGUUUCUUCAUCUACUGAGGGCCGAAAAUAUGAACUUGUUGCUACAAUAACUCACCAUGGGAGAGAGCCAUCAAAGGGGCACUAUACUGCAGAUGCGUGCUAUGCGAAUGGUCAGUGGUUGCGGUUUGAUGAUGCGUCUGUAACACCAAUUGGCACGAAUAAGGUCUUGCAUGAUCAAGCAUAUGUCCUUGUCUACAAACAAUUAUAGAUGGCUAAUGAGAAGUUUUUGUCAUUAACUUCCCUCUAAGAGGGGAUUUGUCUCAUUAAUGAUGGGGCUGAUCUGCUUACACUAAUUAAAUGUCAUGUCAGGGCCAAAAUUUUGGCAUAUAGCCAGUGUGUAGCAAAGGAGCUAGACAAGUUAUGGAAAUUUGAAUGUGAUUAUUUAUUCAAGUUUUAUGUCUUGUGAUUUUGUAAGUAUACAAAUAAAGCUUGAAAGGCGAAGAUGUAGAAAAUGAAUUGAGAGGCCGUCAUGAAAGAGGAAAAAGAAAAAG